AUCCAUAUAGACCUACAUAAAUCGGAACAAUCGACAUAAUUGCAUUUCAACGAGAUUUUCAACAUAUCAAAAGCAGUAAAAAGGAGAAAAAGAAAAAGCGCAACUUAUAGCAACAACAAAUAGCAAUUAAUUGCAGCAACUUUAACGCGUAAGGACACUUUACAACAACAACCACUGUAGCAGCGAAUACCAAUAACAGCGAAAACUUUUGGUUGAAAAAAAAAACAACAACAACAUAAACCAUAGCAGCACCCUAAAAGCAAAGGCAAUAACAACAAUAAUAGUAAUCAUAGUAACAGCGAUUUGAAAUCAAACAACGACUACAUUUAAUCCUUCAAAGCAUACGCGCGCACACACACAUACAUAUACUAAAUUAUAAAAAGUAGAUAAACGCGCUUAACAGCCACCAUUGAAACAAUUUGCUUGAGCAACCACGCCCACACACACACACACACACACACAAGCGCGCGUGAAAACCAAAGAAACCAGCAUAGCAGCUACGUACAACCGAGCUACGAGUUGGUGGGCUAAGAGCUGCGCGCUGAGUUCAACUCCGUGUGUCAGUGCAUUUGAAACAAAAACAACAACAAACACUUAUCUACACUUUCACAAAGUCGCGCUAAGCGCGUCACCAAAGCCGCAAAACUGGAGGAGGAACAAGGCGGUAGCGCGAUGAGUUCGAAAGUCAGUUCGCUGGAGGAGAAAGUGAAACUCCCGCCAACGGAGACGAUAAGCCGGUGUUAUCAGCCACCAGGCAAGAAUCGUAAAGUUAUUCGCAUACUCACCGUGGCUGUGUAUGUGCUGUGCGUCUCGUUGGCGGCGAUUAUGUUGUCACUGUACUACAUCUUCAUUUGGGAUCCGACCAUUAGACCCUUUGUCACUAAGGGCAACCAAUGUGACAAAAUUGUGAUACCUGAAAAAAUUGCCAUACGCCUACUCAAUUCCUCGGAAGUCACCGCCGAGCAAUUCUAUAGACACAUACUCGAACAAUAUCGCAUACUCAAUCAGCUGCAGCAGCAGCGCCAGCAAUAUCUGCAACAACAACAUCUUCAUCUACAACAACUAGCGGCCGCCAAUAAAUUUCAAGAGAUCUUCGCCACAGCGACAAUAAUACAAGCCAAUCCAAAUGAUCCAAUACGUAAACCGGUUACACCCACUAAUGGUACCUUCCUGCUUGAUCCAUCGCAUCCCAUAGUUAGUGACGAUGUCGAACCACGUAUACCCAUAUUGGACACUGCGCAAGCGCCUAUUCCUGUAUUGGCGCCCGCAUCAGCGCUCGCUACAGCAACUGCGUCGGCGACAGCGUCACUGGCAGCGCCCAAUGCAAGCAAUGGACAUAAUAAACGCAAAUCGCAUCGCAAGCACUACAACAACAACAACAACCAUCAUCGACACACAUCACGCAAGAAUCAUCGCAAGAACAUAGCAGCCGUCGCGGUCAAUAGCAAUGUGGACAACAACAACAACAACAACAACAACAACCUGAAUAACGACUAUGAACCCGAGCCAUUUGUGGUGGAGACGCCACCCAUGAAUCCACCCAUACUGUCCGUGGUGCAGGAGCCUUACACACAGCUACCCAUACCGUUGGUGCUGAAUUCGAGAGAAGAUAAGCGUCCGCUGUAUUACAGCUAUGGCGAGCGUAGGGGCGGCAGCGGCGGUGCGCGAAAGCGUGCGGGUUACGAUACACAAACAUAUAUGAAUCCGCUGCUGACCGGUGAGCUUAUUUUUGAGAAAUAAAAAGCGCAAAUGUGUGGGGGAGCGCAGGGACUGCGACAGCGGUAAGAUAGAACAGGUUGCGGGAAGGGGGUGGAAUACAAAUAAGAGGAAGAAAUAAACAAAAAAUUACUUUAGCAAAGCGCAAUGUUUGGCAGGGUUGCAUAGCAAAGCAUUUAUGUAGAUAAGUAAAGCAUUAGUUGGUGGCAACCAUAAUUGGGUCAUUUCAAAGAUAAACAACAACAGCAAAUACUGCCAUUAUUGCCGCCCCUAACUACACUGACACCAGCAGUAGCGGCAGCUUUACAAUCGCAUUGCCGUUGCUGCUGCUGCUGCUGCUGCUGCGGCUACAACAAACAUCACACACACCACAAAUAAACUAUUGAAAACCAGAAAACAAUAAGUAAAAAACGAAGAGGAAACAACAACAACUAGAUCAUAUAUAGCAAAUUUUUGAAUGUGUAGCAAUUAGUGAUGAAAUACAUACCAGCAACAAGAAACUGAAAAAUCAAAUACCUUAAAAAACCAAACAAAAUAAAAAAAAAACAACAACUUAUAUAUCCGUAUACCCAACAACCAAUACACUUGUAAUCGUCUGUAUGUACUGUUUAUACUCGUACUGUAUGUUUAUACUACAUAUAUACUUAAUAGAAGAAUAAAUAAAAAACAAACCUUCCCGCCUAUACACCAAAGUCGUCGGUCACUCCACACCACUUUAUACUUCACGUGCAUGGUUCUUAGCCCAUUUUAGGCAGCAUUAAAGCGCAUACAAACGCAUGGAAACGCAUUAAAACGCAUACAACUGCAUGAGAACGCAUUUACUUAUUAUACAACGCCAUAAUGCGCUAUCACUUUAUCACUCACUUCGCCUUCACCACCGCCGCUAGUUAUUCACUCGCUCACCAACCGCCUCACUCACCCCCUCUCACUCACUGAUACUGAUUCACCACCUCUUCACCAUUCACACACGCGCGCAUUUACUACUAGAGAAGAAUUUAAUCACCAACAAAUCAAAACAAGUACACCACCAGCAAAAUUAUAUGUAUGAAAACAAAGCAAAAAAAAAAAACAAAAA